AUUACAUAUUAGUCUGUAGGGCACAUUUUGUGGCAUUGAUCGGGGCGCUUGAUCGGGGCAUCCUGCAGUUGAUUUAUAAAUAAAUUAUCACAGGUGUCGACAGGGAUUUGUGUUGCCUCAGCACUGUGACCAUGGCAGGCCUGAAUGAGGGCUUAGAAUCUGGAAGCAACUGGACAGAUCAAGACUUAAACAAAUUUGGAAUUCAGUAUCAUAUAACAGUCACAGAGCCUUCCGGCAUUUUCGAGAAGGUCAAACCAUACACAAUCGGCACCCGGAUCUCACUAAAUGACCUUGCUGUCCAAAAGCUGACGGAGUACACUACUAUGCUUCAGGAGAAUUUCAAUGAUGCUUUCGUAUUGGAUGUCAACUCGUUUGAACUCAUUGAAAUGAUUGAUGCUUGUAACAUGUGUAAUGAGAUGCGUGGUACAUGUCGUGGCUCUGGAGAUCUGAAGACCAAAUAUGCUGCGAGCGAAAUAGAAGCAAAAUGGAAAGAGAUACACAAAAACGUUAGGCUGAAUAUUGCUGGGGCGAAGUCACAACUUCUGACCGCAAGAUUAAAAGCUGUCAGUAAGUCUUGGGAUCCCACCUUUGUUAUGAUUGACACCUUCCUGACCAAAGUGAAUAAAGUCCUGAGAAAGGCAUCACCCAGUAACUUAGAAGUUAAUGAGGGGACAUUCGUAGAUCUUUUCCAGCAUUUUGCUAGAAUCUUUCUAGUUGAAUUCAUUCCAGCCAUGGUAAAGCGGAGUUUGAUGAUGGGUGGAAUGGAGGUAACAUCCAUUAAUGAUCUCCGCUAUGAUUAUGAAGAUCAUGAAUCUUAUGACAGGUGUGAGGAUGCCCCAACAAUAGUUGUCACAGUUGCGGAGGUGAAAAAAGGAGCAAAAAGGAAGAAACUUCACUGUCGAAAGAGAAAGCAACGCAUUUCAAAGGUACAAAGAACCGAAGGAAGAGAUAAUGUUGGAGGAGCUAAUGCUGCUGCUGCUGCUGAUGAUGAUGAGUAUGAUGAUGAUAUUGAUAAUGAUGAGGAUGGUGAUACUGGCGACAGAAACCCCUCAGAUAUUAUUGAUGACGAUAGGGUUGAGUUCAGCAGCAGACUACGUGGACAGCUCGGAAUCGAACUGCUAGCAGACAUUGAUCGUUCCUGUUUAAAAGAGGUUAACAACAAGCGCAUGAUCCUUGGCCUGACCGUUGAGGCAACGUGGGUGAGAUUGACCUGUAUGGAGUUGAAUGAUGUUGCUGCCUUCAGAGAGGUGCAGAAAAAGCCUCCACGAGAAGAUGCUCCUCAUAUUGCCACUAUCUAUUAUACCAGAGCAUAUGAUAUGCUUGCAAGAAGUGAUCGUAGUGUGUUGAUAUAUAUCAUGCGGUACUUGCUGUUCCUAUCAAAUGACACUGCUGAGUCCCACUUGCCCAAGCUUUUGCAUGGAUUUUUAAGGGAUUAGGGAGCAUUUUAAGGGAGGUACCAAAUUGGUUUUUGCUCUGUGUAAAAUCCAUUUGGCGGGCCAGGCAAUCAUCUUUUUUGAUUUUUGCUUUCUUCACAAUGAUCCUUCCUAAGGUCACUACGCUCUUUUAACUGUGCUCCCUUCACCCUUUACAUUUAGAUUAGGGAUUCCAGAUCUGUUGGAUAUGAAACUUGUUCGAAUAACCAGUUUCAUGAUUUCACACCAUCACCACUGAAGUCAAUUUGAAAGGCUUCUGCCUCUUAACUUUUAGAAAGUUAUGGAAAUCCUACUUUGGAGGUGGAAGGCUGAACACAUGAACACACAAUAGAAAAGGCAGAAAUUUAGUGUCACAGUGUAUAGAGUGGAGCCUUCUGAAUUUCCCCUUCGGGGAUUAGGACCUUGAUCUACUUAUUGCAGGGGAGGAAAGAGCCUGGUUGAGUGAUUGGAUACAUUAGUGGGGCAAGAUGUUCAGUAAUUCGAGAACCAUUUGUCAGACAUACACAAAGUUUUGUAGCAGGAUGUUAGGAAAGGGCCGGUUAUGACCUUUCAUUUCUGGCUAGAGCGGAGGUAAAUUAUGCUGGUUAACAUUU